UAAUUCAAAUAUUCAAUACCUGAUGGAGUACCCUAAUUAUUAAGAUUCGCUUAUAACAAUGGCAUCGCAUCCCUGGUUUCCGAAAAGCGCCGUUAUAUGAAGGCCAUGCAGAAUGGGAGAAAUGAAUGCUCUCAGUUUUGUGGGACAGGAUGACAUAGUUUCCCUGCGAAUAAUCUGCAGCAAGGCUCGCGAUGGCAAACAGUACAGCCUCGAGGAAGUGGACAGCUAUGGGAACACGGCCCUGUUGAAGGCCUGCUACUUGGGACGCAUUGAGUGCGCUCUCACGCUUUUGGAUUUUGGUGGAAAUAUUUACGCCAUCAAUUAUUUUGGACAAAAUGCUUUAACCCUGGCGAGCUAUUCUGGUCACUUGCCCUUGGUUAAGGAGCUAUUACGCCGGAGAUCCUAUAAGGAUUUCAAUAUGUCCUCGAUGAUUCCGGCACUCUGCGUGGCCGUCAUUGAAAAGCAUACCGCCCUGGAGGAAUUUUUCACUCAAUUGGAUCCGAAUGGUGCUCGAAAAGCACAUACAGUGCAAGGUCUGGGAGUUGAAGAGCUGCGGCGAAUGAUGAAACAGGCAGAACGUUUGAACAAGAAGAAUGCGUCCUCGCCUCGGACUUUUUUAAAUCAUCGUUACCGUUAAUGCAUUGUGUCUUGAUUAUAUUUGUAAUUUAGAUUUUAAAAAUAUAUUUAUAUUCUGUCUUGAGUGUGACCAAAUCUGUUUGAAGAUUCUAAUAGGUUGGCAGCCCCAGGACCGGCUGAUAUCGAUAGCUGCCGCGCGCGCAAUCGAUAUCGCUCGUGGCUUUUCACAUCACUAUCCCGCUCAUUUAGCCCGCCUGAUCGGAUCCCAAGUAAAAAAUUGCCCACGUUCGUCAUUCAUAUUAAACUCAUUGCAGCCGCAACAUUCUUGGACUUUAGUGCGUAUUAUAAGCAGUCAUCAGUAAAAGUUGAACAGUGCCCAGUUCUUGCUCCUUACGAUCAUAUUACCCCAACAACUAAAACAAAUUCAACAUGUUCGAGGCACGCCUGGGUCAAGCCA